AUAACAAUAUCGUUCUGUGGAACUACACCUUAUUAUACAUCGAUAUUUAUUGAGUAGUAUCGUAGAGUAUUUCCACCAUGGGCCGUAUGUACGGAAAGGGUAAGGGUAUCUCGUCUUCGAGUAUCCCCUACCGCCGCAGGCCAGCCUCCUGGGUAAAGACAAAGCCACUUGAUGUGGAGCAGCAAAUUGUUAAGCUUGCUAAGAAGGGUAUGACUCCUUCACAAAUCGGUGUAGUUCUUCGUGAUUCAAAUGCCAUCCCAUUGGUUAAAACCAUUACCAACAACAAGAUUUUACGUAUUCUUCGUGGCCACGGUUGGGCACCUGACAUUCCAGAGGACCUUUACUUCCUUGUGAAGAAGGCUGUUGUUAUGAGGAAGCACAUGGAGCACAACUUGAAUGACAAGGACUCCAAAUUCCGUUUAAUUCUUGUUGAAUCAAGGAUCCACAGGUUGGCUCGUUACUUCAAGAAGAAGCGCCGUCUACCAGCUAACUGGAAGUACAAGUCUGAGACUGCUAGUGCUCUUUUGGGUUAAGCAUGAUUUCGUCGUGCGGUUAACAACUGCUAAACUAAUCGUUUGCUACUUCAUC